AAUGGCUUCCGAUGAAGCCUUACUCUCAGAAAUUAUUAAAUGCUCCAAUUUUGCGGCAAUAAAACACAAGAAUCAAAGAAGAAAAGACCCUGAAAGCACCCCUUACAUAAAUCAUCCAAUAGGCGUAGCUUAUAUACUGACAAAUGAAGGAAAGAUUACAGACUUAAGUGUAGUACAGGCUGCAUUGUUACAUGACACCGUAGAAGACACAGAUACAACAUUGGAUGAAAUCAGUGAACAGUUCGGAGAUGAAGUGGCAGGUCUAGUUGAUGAAGUUUCAGAUGAUAAAAGUUUAUCCAAGAUUGAAAGGAAAAAUCUACAGAUAAAGAAUGCACCUCAUAAAAGUUACAAAGCCAAACUGAUCAAGUUAGCAGACAAAUUGUACAAUCUACGAGAUCUGAAGAGAGCUACACCAGAAGGCUGGAGUGAAGAACGAGUCCAGGAAUAUUUUGUUUUUGCCUUUGGAGUUGUGGCUGGACUUAGAGGAAUAAAUGAUGCUAUGGAAAGAGAAUUAGAUAAAUUGUUCAAAGAAAGGAGUUUAUCAGAUUCAUAGUUCAAUAAUCUCAGUAUUAGAUACUAUUAUAAAAUACAAUUAUCUCAGAUUCUUUUUUCUCACCUAAGAUGAUUGUUGGGAUGAAAGACUUACUGCUAUUUGUUUGUCAACACCUGGGAUAUCGGUCAUAAAUCUAGUAAGCAAUCGAGUACAAAAUUUGUGCUUGAAACAACAAAUCCAGUAUUUGGAUUGGUUAAAUAUUGAGUCUGAGUAUGAUAAUUAAGUCUCCCAAACGAAGUUUGGGAAGACUUAUUGUUUUUGCUCAGUUCUUAUUAUUAUUAUUAUUCUUCUUCUUCUUCUUCUUCUUCUUCUUCUUCUUCUUCUUCUUCUUCUUCUUCUUCUUCUUCUUCUUCUUCUUCUUCUUCUUCUUCUUCCGCCGCUUUUAAAUUUGAACUUGUCCGCACCCGUUCUCCAAAACCGCUUGUCGGAUUAACUUAGGGUUUCACAAUAUGUUAGACUAACAUGUCUAGUGGUGCAAUCAGGGUUUUGUUUUUGCAAUGGGGUUUAUAAAGGGGUACUUUGAGGGGCAAAAAGAAAAGAGGGUUUUACUAUAGAACCCUAUGGGAUUUUAUUUUUUAAAAUUUUAAAAUGAUUAUAAAUUGAAAACCGUUCGUGAUAGACACAAACUUUUUAAUUGAAAAUGUUCUAAAUGAUAAAGCCCAUUAAAUGAAAUACAGGGUUAGUCCCCAGGGGUCACCCCCACCCCCUGCCAUUUGAGAAAGUUCUAAUACCUUGUAAGUGGUCAAGAUCCCCACCCCUAAACCAUAUAUAUUCUUGUUUGUCAUGCUAAGAUGGUUUGAAUGAUAUACAGGGUUAGUCCCCAGGGGUCAUCCCCACCCCCUGUCAUUUGAGAAAGUUCUAAUAUCUUGUAAAUGGUCGAGAUCCCCACCCCUAAACCAUAUAUAUUCUGGUUUGUCAUGAUAAAGCACAUCAAAUGUAAUACAGGGUUAGUCCCCAGGGGUCACCCCCACCCCCUGCCAUUUAAGAAAGUUCUAAUAUCUUCUAAGUUGUCAAGAUCCCCACCCCUAAACCAUAUAUAUUCUGGUUUGUCAUGCUAAGAUGGUUUGAAUGAUAUACAGGGUUAGUCCCCAGGGGUCAUCCCGACCCCCUGCCAUUUUAGAAAGUUCUAAUAUCUUGUAAAUGGUCGAGAUCCCCACCCCUAAACCAUAUAUAUUCUGGUUUGUCAUGAUAAAGCACAUCAAAUGUUAUACAGGGUAAGUCCCCAGGGGUCACCCCCACCCCCUGCCAUUUAAGAAAGUUCUAAUAUCUUCUAAGUGGUCAAGAUCCCCACCCCUAAACCAUAUAUAUUCUGGUUUGUCAUGCUGAGAUGGUUUGAAUGAUAUACAGGGUAAGUCCCCAGGGGUCAUCCCGACCCCCUGCCAUUUGAGAAAGUUUUAAUAUCUUGUAAAUGGUCGAGAUCCCCACCCCUAAACCAUAUAUAUUCUGGUUUGUCAUGAUAAAGCACAUCAAAUGUUAUACAGGGUUAGUCCCCAGCGGUCACCCCCACCCCUUGCCAUUUGAGAAAGUUCUAAUAUCUUGUAAAUGGUCGAGAUCCCCACCCCUAAACCAUAUAUAUUCUGGUUUGUCAUGAUAAAGCACAUCAAAUGAAAUACAGGGGUAGUCUCCAGGGGUCACCCCCACCCCUUGCCAUUUAAGAAAGUUCUAAUAUCUUGUAAAUGGUCGAGAUCCCCACCCCUAAACCAUAUAUAUUCUGGUUUGUCAUGAUAAAGCACAUCAAAUGUUAUACAGGGUAAGUCCCCAGGGGUCACCCCCAUCCCCUGCCAUUUAAGAAAGUUCUAAUAUCUUCUAAGUGGUCAAGAUCCCCACCCCUAAACCAUAUAUAUUCUGGUUUGUCAUGCUGAGAUGGUUUGAAUGAUAUACAGGGUAAGUCCCCAGGGGUCAUCCCGACCCCCUGCCAUUUGAGAAAGUUCUAAUAUCUUGUAAAUGGUCGCGAUCCCCACCCCUAAACCAUAUAUAUUCUGGUUUGUCAUGAUAAAGCACAUCAAAUGUUAUACAGGGUUAGUCCCCAGCGGUCACCCCCACCCCUUGCCAUUUGAGAAAGUUCUAAUAUCUUGUAAAUGGUCGAGAUCCCCACCCCUAAACCAUAUAUAUUCUGGUUUGUCAUGAUAAAGCACAUCAAAUGAAAUACAGGGUUAGUCUCCAGGGGUCACCCCCACCCCCUGCCAUUUAAGAAAGUUCUAAUAUCUUCUAAGUGGUCAAGAUCCCCACCCCUAAACCAUAUAUAUUCUGGUUUGUCAUGCGAAGAUGGUUUGAAUGAUAGACAGGGUUAGUCCCCAGGGGUCAUCCCGACCCCCUGUCAUUUGAGAAAGUUUUAAUAUCUUGUAAAUGGUCGAGAUCCCCACCCCUAAACCAUAUAUAUUCCUAUUUGUCAUGUCUCGAACAUUUGAAUGACGUAUACGGUCAGUCCCCAGGGGUUCCCCCCACCCCCAAUGUUCUAAUAUCUUGUAAAUGGUUGAGAUCGCCACCCCUAAACCAUAUAUAUUCCUGUUCGUCAUGUAAUGAACAUUUGAAUGACAUAUAGGACCAGUCCCCAGGGGUUCCUCCCCACCCCCAAUAUUCUAGUAUCUUGUAAAUGGUUGAGAUCCCCACCCCUAAACCAUAUAUAUUCUUGUUUGUCAUGCCAAGAUGAUUUGAAUGAUAUACAAGGUUAGUCCCCAGGCAUCACUAAUGCAUAUAACUUUACUGGACCAAACCAAUUUUCAAUGGAUGUUGCCCAAUGUCAGGCGACCCUGGGAAUUACGAAUUAUGGGAGCUUCGUUUGGGAGACUUCGUAACAGCAUCCUGUUACAUUCAUUUCUUGUUGAAAUCGAAAUUUUUACGAUUAUAACUUGGAAGUAUAUUCCAAACAGCUUAUGUAGCAGUGGCGUU